UUAGACGGUCUUCGCGGUCUUGCUGCUUUCUUUGUGGUUCUCCACCACUCCAGCCUGGUCUGGUUCUCCUGGAAGAUCCACGGGGGCUGGAACCCAAACUCGGACCAGACAGCAUGGUUCGUGCGACUACCCAUCAUCCGAUUCUUCAUCUCGGGGGCCCCCCAGGUGCGAAUAUUUUUUGUCGUAUCGGGCUAUGCGAUUUCCCACAAGCCGAUCAAGCUGGCCCGUCAAGGCCGCUACGCUGAGAUCGGCGCGACGCUGUCCUCGUCCGUCUUCCGCCGACACUCGCGACUCUUCCUACCAGCGGCCUGCAUCACGCUGCUUAGCGCCCUCAUAAUACAACUGGACCCGGGCUGGUUCGGUUCAGAAGGCCUGGAAGGCGUUGCCGUACCGACCAGAACAGUGCCGCACGCCAACAACCUCCUCGACCAGCUGUGGCAUUUCAAGGAUGCCGAGAUACAAGCGACAAAUCCCAUCUCCCAGGGCCUUGCGCAGGGAGGCGAGUCCAGGGUGUACCUGAACCCAUACGACCCAAACCUGUGGACGCUGCCCAUGGAGUUCAGCAGCUCCUUUGUCGUCUUUUUGUUCCUGACGGCAUUUGCCAGGAUACGCAACCGGGUCAGGAUGUUUUUCGCGCUCGGGGUUAUCGUCUACUUCCAGUACAACUUUGGCUACUGGGCCCUCUACCCUUUUCUGUGCGGCAUGCUCAUCUGCGACAUCCACUUCGAGAUGGACGAGAUCAGGGCGAAAUACGCCGCAGGGCCCGACUCUGCCGACACGUCUGUCCUGCCCAUCGGGGUGGUGUUCGGCCUGGCCGCGUUCCUCGGAAGCCUCUGGCUCCUCAGCACACCGGAUGCGUUCCUCGGGUCCAAACAGUCCUGGGGCUUCGUCACGCUCGUGUCGUGGGUGCCGGAGACGCUACGGGACCAGGCGCUGGUGCCGACAGGCGCAGCUCUGCUCGUGCUCGUCGUGGACCAGUUCCCCUUCCUCCAGAUCCUCUUUACCAAUUCCUUUGCGCAGUACAUGGGGCGCAUCUCGUACGCGCUCUACCUGGUCCACGGCCCUCUGCUGUGGUCGCUGGGGCUGAGCUUUGCGCACACGACGCUCGACCUCACGGGGAAAGAGGGCGACUGGCAGUAUGGCUUUGGUAUUUUUCUGGCUGCGUGUUUGUGGUGGCCGAUUGCGAUCUAUGCGGCGGAUCUUACUGCUCGGUUUGUGGAUGAGAACUGUGUGCGUCUUGGCAGGUGGGUUUAUGAGAAGUUAUUGAAGCAGGAGUCAUGA